UCAGUACCUGUGUCACAGCCUGCCGGUGCCUAGGGCGAUGAUGCAGAAAAGAAACAGAAAGCAAGGGAAAGUCAGGAGAUGCUGAAUUCAAAUUAUACGAAGGGCGAUGUUAAAAGAAGAACCCAUUAACAAUAAAUCCAGGCUCCCAACUGCAGGAUUAGAAGAGGGAGAGCUAAGGAGAGCAGCGAAAGGAGGGGCUUGAGACAGGAGCGACUUUGCCAGCCUCUCAGACUCCCCAGCCCAGAAGGACAGGGCGGGGGUUGAGUCGCGGCUCCCCAUUGGCUCCAGCGCGGGCCCCUGGACUUUCUAUAAAGGGCAGCUGCAGAGAGCAGGCUCUGCACGGGCUUGGAGCUGGAGUGGCAGUGCCUGACUCCGCCCUGCCCACAGCGCCAGCGGGCCUUGGACAGAAAGACUUACAGACUGAUGACUGACUGAAGGCAACAGAAAUUGGGUAGGAAUUAUCACUGGCAGCAUGGAGGAGGGUCUGUGCUUGAGGGAAGCCUGACGCCAUCUCCAGUUUGGAGCAGGUGCUGUGGGCACUCUCCAGGAAGAGCGUUUGCAGACAGCCUGUCCUGGGCUCAGCUGCCCAGCUCUGCGCACUUGCCCACCCUGAGCAGGUCCAGUCUUUUUUUCUGGCUCCUGGUAUUUCUCCCCUCUCCUUGCUCCAGAUACCUUGGAGAAUACCUUAUCAGCUCAGAGCUCCAGGAUACUGAAUAGAUUGCCUGUCUGUCUGUCCACGGCCUCAACUUGCCCUCUCCCUUCUUUGAGAGGCUCCUGAGAGAGUAGCUUAGGGACCUCACGGUCCACUAAAGGCGCUGGGAUGGAUGCCCCAACCACAGAAGUGCCCGAAGGGGAUUUCCAGAGCCCUGGCACCAUGGGCUACGGGGAUGAGCUGACUCCAGAAGCUCUGAGUGUACCUAGUGGUUUCGAUGACUUGAUCACCUCCACCACCUCUCAGGUGCUUCAGGCCGCGUCCAAUGCCAUGGGCCGAAAUGGUGAGCUGUCCAAGUUGCCAGACCACAUGCCAAACUCGGGUGACCUGGCCGACACGUCAGGUCCCCUAGAUUUGGAAAUUGUGUCCCAGGAUGAGCAGGUACAGUUCUGGUUAGUGGUAGGGUACACCAUAGUGGUCUUUGCUGCCAUCAUAGGCAACUGGGUCUUAAACCAUAUAAUUAUGAAGUACAAGAGGGUACAUACAGCCACCGGCCUCUUCGUUGUCAACAUUUCUGUGACCAACAUGAUGCUCGCUCUUCUCAGCUCUCCCUUCACUAUGGUGCGCUAUCUGUGUAAUUCCCUGGUGUUUGGAAAGAUGACAUGUCACCUCAGUCGCUUUGCCCAGUACUCAUGUGCCUAUGUAACUGUGAUGAGCAUGGCAGCUAUUUCCCUGGAUCGACAUCGGGUGAUGCUUUAUCCUUUGAAGGCCCGGAUUAGUCCCAUGCAAGGCAAUGUUUGCAUCAUUAUCAUCUGGAUUGUGAGCACCUGUGCUGCUUUGCCACAUGCCGUUUACCAGAAGCUUUACCAGGUGGAAAUUGGAAACACCACUGAGGAAAGUGCCUGCCUUCCCAGUUUCCCAUACACUUCAAAAUCCACAUGGAAAUACCUUGACCUAGGCACCUUCCUGCUCUUCUUCAUCUUGCCUUUGCUGGUGUUGGUGGCUGUCUAUGGUCAUGUGGCCAAAAAGCUGUGGAUCCAUGAUGCUGUUGAUGACAUCAAUAUCCACACUUACAUCUGCCAGCGUGGGAAGAAGAAGCAGACCCUAAAGAUGCUGAUGACAGUGGUGCUUCUGUAUGCAAUCAGCUGGCUCCCCCUCAAUAUCUACCUGGUGCUGCUAUCCAGCGAAUCCAUCUCAAGCCACAAUGGUCUCUACUUUUUCCUCCACUGGCUGGCAAUUAGCAGCUCCUGCUACAACCCCUACAUCUACUGCUGGCUCAGUGAUAGCUUUCGUAUUGAAGUGCAGAAGGUCAUCAUGGAAAUCCAGAAGAUGCUGCUAGAUAAAAUCAGCCGCCUCAGGGGAGAGCAUCGCCGACUGAGCUCUGGGUCUCAAACCCACCCCCCUGCCUGCGUGGAUCCCAAUCCAGGAGUGCCCAAGUUCCCACGAUUCAAAGAUUUUGAUGAGCUGCCAAGUCCCCCUCCCUCCCCAGUAGUGGAGAUCUCCUUUCUCCAUUCAGUGCCUAGAGUUUAAGCUGCCCAGACCGCGAUUGACUAUCAUUUCUCAAAAUAUCUAAGCUUAUGGACAAUUUCAACUCAGCAGAAGAGAGGAGGAGGAAGAAGUGAUACCUCAUCCUGCCACUGCCAUUCUUCUGGAGACAAUGUUCUCAAGGUUCUUUGAACAGCAUCCAUGGUUGCGUGUGUCAAGAUGAUACCAGGAUGAGAAUUGGACUGGUGGUCCUCCUCAUUUACCUCUCUUCUUCUUUGCCUCCUCCUCCUCAGUAUCCUUGUCCUCCCCCUGGUCUCUCCCUAUCCCCUUUGUCCAUUUCCUCCUCCUUGCUCCUGUUCCACUUUCUACUCAUCCUUUUCUUCUUUCACGUCCUCCUCUACUUCCAUUUCUUUCUCCAUGAUUAUCUUUCUUCUUGUUUUAAAAAUCUUAAUAAUGACAAGUUAUCCAGUCUCUACUGAGAUAUCUCCUGGUUGGUAAGGUGUGGAUAGGUUUCUAGGAUCAAGAAAUGAGGUCAUGAGAGUCAGCUUCUGGCUACUCACUUUCACUUAAUGAAAAGAUGUGGUGGGUUUUGGGGUUCAGAACUUUAAAUGUUUCUAGCAAAUUACCAUACUUGCCAUAGUGCUGUGUCCCUUUUAGGAUCAAGGACAAAUUGGAAGAAAGACCUAAUUGAAAUUUAAACUCAGUUUCAUUCCAUUGUCUCUUUUAUGUGUCCUUUCCAUCUUUUUAAUUCAGUCCAUUCUUCCUGUUCUAUCAUUAAUACCCCAAUUGCAAAACAAUGAACUUGUAUUAUUGAAGUACAAAAAUACAUAUUUGGAGUAGCUUUAGGCUGAAAACGUGACUGUAUCUUCUAUUAUGAACAUUAUAAACUGCCAACCUACCUGUGAUCUUUUGGCUUCAGCUGUUUUGGGUAUUUGUAGUCUUUGUGAGUAGUGAGCUCUGCUUGUGUAUUUUCCAACUUCCUAUGUAAAUAUUUCUGAUUAUCUUAAGGACAGAUAUAUGUAUUUCCUUUCCAUUCAUAUUUGAUAGAAUAGAUAUUUCCCAGGAUAAUGGACUGUCUGCUUAUGGUUCUGCCUCCCCACAUGGAGAAGGCAAAGUCGAAUUUUGCUUGAGUACCCCAUGAUUCUUAGAAGCAUUGUACCUAGCUCUGAUAGCCUUCUUCUCCAGUUUAGACUUAGGAGAAAUUUGGGUAAAAGGGCUAUCAUUGUAAUUUAAAUGAACAGUGUACUUUAUGCUUUAACCUAUCUUUCCUAAGAAUGCACUUCCCCAUCCCUAUCCCUAUUCUGUACAAAGAAUCAAAUUUCUUUCACUCCCCAGUAAGGCUUAGAAUCUGGAAUGUUCCAUGCUUGACAGAUAAUCCAGCUUCAAGGUUUGUUACUGACUUGGCUGGAAACUCGACAGAUCCAGAACUUUAUACAACAGUUUUAGUGAUGUAUGGAUGUUUGAAGACUUGGGCAGAUGAAUAGUUUUAGCAUCAUGUGGGCCUUUGUUUAGAAGUUUUUCCAGCAGUAUCAAAUUGGAAUUCAGUACCCAGCCAAGUCUGAGGGUGCUACAAUUGUGAGAAGUUUCUGGUUGAAGGGCUCAUUUGGUUGGAACAUGGUGCUAAUGAGCUCUAGAUCCUAGACUCUAACCCAUGUGCAGCCAUUUAGCUCUGUGGGUUUGGGCAUGGUGCUAAAGAACUGUGGUCACAUGGUUUCUAAAACCCAUGUGUGUCCUUUUUCAUAGACUGCACCACUCACCCUAGUCAGCCUUUUUCUGCACAAAGGUUAUUAGUCACCUGGAAGGCCCAGCAAAACUGUUGUGUAAAAAUUAUUUCAAAAUCUGUUUUCAAUUCUGGAGACGACAGUUUAUAGUAUAUCCCUUACUGGCUGUGUGUUAGCAGUGCCACAUUACUCAAAAGGCAUCACUUUUGAAAUGUACAAAUGAGAGAGUGUACCAGAGUGACAGACAAGAAAAAUUGCUAGAUUGCCCCCCUUUGACAAAUUCAAAUGCAUAUAUUACAUGUGUUAAAUGCCAAGAAACUGUAUCUUGGUACGAAUUAGGAUAUUUGGAGAAAUGGUUUGAUGAGUGUAAGAUCUACAUGUAGCCUGUCUGAUAUUCAACCUUAACAGGACAGUUUGGAGUAGGGGAAUUCCUCUAUUGGCAUAGAUAUCCUGGAUUCUGGUAAUCAUGUUUGGGUCACUGUAUAUAAGACAUAUACAUUCUUUCUCAUGUGUUGUGAUCUGACAGUCUCUUUCACUGUAAAUUCCUGUAUAUCUUCUAAGUUAAGGUAUCUUUCCACACUAUCACACAAAGUUCUACAAAUGCAUAUACAUAUACUAACAUAAAUAUAUAAGUACAUACACAUACACCAACACACACAA